UCUCCCUUAUAUUCAUAUCAGCUCCCUUAUAUCAGUUUACGAUAUGGAUGUUUCAAGAUCUACAGGUUACAAAGAUUUCGUGUGGGCGGUUGAAUUAAACCAUUUAGGUUUGGGAUUGAUCGGUUUAUGGCCUACCAAUGCUACUAAAAGAAGAAUCGAACUUGAUAUUCGCGUGGGUUCUAUUUUCAUUUUGAUAAUGUUGAUUUCCGGUAUUCCAUCUAUAUCUGCGCUUAUGCGAGUUUGGGGCGAUUUGGAAUUAAUGAUUGACAACUUACGAAUUACAUUACCUUUAAUUAUAGUUUCACUGAAACUUGUUAUCAUGCGAUGGAAACAAACAGUCUUUUCAUCCGUUUUAAACAUGAUGGUGGACGAUUGGAUGGUAUCAAAGCUAAACGCAGAGAGGAAUAUAAUGAUAAAAUAUGCGCGGACUGCUCGAUUAUUUGCAAUUUAUACAUAUGUUGUGACGACGGUUCACUUGGACUCAUUGUUCUUCACACCUGUGGUCAAUUGGAGAAUUUAA